AUGAUCCAUCACCUUGCGCAACAGCCCCUUGACGCCGGAGUUGAGAUCUUGGCGGAUGGUCUGUUCGAUGAGGGAGAUGUUGGAGGAGACUUGUUGUUUCAUGGAGGUGAAGAGGGGGGAGAUUUUGGCGUGGUAGAAAUAUUUAGCGGCAUCUUGGAUAUUCCUAAUUUUUUCGUUUACUUGCUGUUCCACAUACUCAGUGAGAUUACGAAUGAUAUCGUGACAUUGUUUUGUGGCAAACGAUUCAAAAGAGGUUGCAUCUCUGAUGGCCUUUGUCAGAUUCACGUCCUGCAGAGUGAAAAGAUUCGCACGAAUUUUCUUAAGUUGAGUAUUCUUAUCAUUGCCGAGAAGGCUAUUCGUUUUGAACUCCUCCAAUUUCUUCUUCAGCCCUUCUUCAUCUCCCGCGGCGUUUUGAAUUGCAGUGCACAGGGCAUCAAGUCUGGCGGUGACAUGUUCUAA